ACUGUUGGCUCCCAGGAUGCAACUCUUCUCCGCAUGGCUUUAAAAAAAUUCACAUUUGGUUAAAUAAAUGCAAAUAUCUGUCUUAUAUUGGACACACGCGUCACAAAUAUAGGUUAAUCUUACUAUUUUGUAGUAAGUGAAUGAUAUAGGGGACAGUUCGCUUUACUUCUAUAAUUGAUCUUGAAGGAAAAAUAUUGGAAAUAUCUGGAAUUUUUUCCAGCCAGUAAAACUCAACUGCAUCGCCCACAGUGCAGUAGUAGCACACGUAACAGAAUGAAUUGGAGAUAAUCAUUGUGACGUUUAUUUAAUUUUCAAAAUGGAAGACGAGAGAAUGAGACAGGCUAAGGCAGAUUUGGACUAUUUCCAGCAAAUGUUGGAUACGAUUCCAUCAAGAAUAUAUUAUGGAAAACAAAACCUUGAAAAGAAGAGGGAACUAGAAGAACAGGAUGGUUCGUUAGAUGUAGAAGCAUUCAAGAAAGCGAAAUUUGAUCCAAGUCAGAUCAAGACUGUGUCUCAGUUACAACACGCCAGUAUAGAAACAACUGAAACCGCAGGAAAAAAAUCAAAGAAGAAUAAGAAGAAAAAGAAGAAUAAGGAGGCGCAUGUUCCAAAAGCCAAGGUUGAAGAGAAUGUAAAGAAGGUUGAGACAUAUAAAGAUGAUACUCUUGAACUAUCCCCGCUAGCCAAAUACUCUGACCUUCAGCAAAAGUUGCAUGCUAAAAUUGAAGCUCUGAGAGGGAACAGAAAAAACACAGAAGAAUGGAAGGAGAGAAAGAAACUUAGACGAAAAGAGAGUUUAUUGAAACUGAAAAUGAGACGGAAGGCCAAUAAACAGAAUAACCAGGAAAAGGGAACAUCAGAUAUGCCUCCAAAUGGUCUCAAAGUGCCCAAAGUUUCCAAUAAUAAACCAAUUUACAACAGGGAGGGAAACAUGGUCUUCAGCAAGUUUGAUUUUAUCGAUAAAGGUGAUCCAAACUCAGAUAAAGGUAAAAAGGUUGGUAAGGACUAUAAAAAGAUGUUGGCCAAUCUUGAACGAGAGAAAGAAAAAGUAAAGCAAUUGAAAGAGACCAACCCGGAAAAAGCAAAAAAAGUUGAGGAAAAAACAUUAUGGAAAAGUGUACUUGACAAAGCAUCUGGGGUCAAAGUUCGAGAUGACCCCGAGUUGUUGAAGAAAGCUGUUAAACGUAAAGAAAAACUGAAAAAGAAGGGUGAGAAGGCUUGGACAGAUCGCAAAGAUAAAGUGCAAGAUAGAAUGGACAGAAAACAAGAAAAGAGGACAAAGAACUUGAAAAAACGUAAAGAGUCUAAAAUUAAAGGAAAAAUAGAUAGAUCUAAAAAGAAAGGCCAUAUAAUUCCUGGAUUUUAGAUAAUUAUUAAAUUAAAUAUCUAGCAGAAAUAAUACAGGAAGCUAUUUUAUUCCACAUAAUUUCAAUACUAUGAAUUAAGAUAUAUGUUGUAAUAAAGGAUUGAUUAUGUGACAAAAAAUAAAUGGAAAAUAAAUGCCACAGUUG